CUCCCGGUUGUGUCCUGGGUCUGAUCCUCUGCGAUAUGGGGCCUCUGGCCGCCGUCCAGGCGAAUCUCCAAGCGUUGGUGUAAUCGUAGAAGCUCUGAGAGCCCUUUUGCUUUAUGUGCUUGGUUAAGCAACUGCCUUUGUGUCAAAAUAUUCAAGCCCUUGCAGAAAUAAAUCCCUUGCGAGGGGAGAGGCAGAUCCCGGUGCUUGGGGAAGGAGCUGCCUGGCUCUGUGCAGGCAACACCGUGCUGGGUGCUGCUGGGGCUGCAGAAGGGAUUCCACAGUGCCAUGCGAGAUUCCUCCAGCGAGUGCUGACCCUGUCGGAGCUGCCGAUAACAUCUAAGGGUUGACCAGACCGUCAGUGCCCAUGAUGCCCUGAAUGCUGAGCACAGCAGAAGCAGAGGAGACUGUGUCCCAUUAGCUCCUCGUCCUUCCUCCUCACCCCUUUAGUUUGGAUUUGUUUCUAUUUAUUUUGUGGCUGGGUUUGGGCAUGGCCUUGGCCGGAUGUGACACUGCCGCGAUGCGGCUCCUUUGGCUCAAGCACCACUUGUCUGUCAACAUUUGGACCCUGCUGCUCUUGGGAAGCACCUGGCUACCGCUGGCGGAAGGCAGCCCCAAAUCUCCCUUUAGGACUUUCUCGGUUACAGACUGGAGCUUGACGCACCUGGUGGUCCAUAACAAAACUGGGGAGGUCUACGUGGGGGCCGUCAAUCGGAUCUACAAGCUCUCCAAUAACCUCACGCUCCUGCGGACGCACGUGACUGGGCCCGUGGAGGACAAUGAAAAGUGUUACCCUCCCCCCAGCGUUCAGUCCUGCCCGCACGGUCUGGUCACCACCAACAACGUGAACAAACUGCUGCUGGUGGACUACUCGGGGAACCGGCUGAUCGCCUGCGGCAGUGCCUCGCAGGGUAUCUGCCAGUUCCUGCGGCUGGAUGACCUCUUCAAGUUGGGUGAGCCCCACCACCGCAAGGAGCACUACCUCUCCAGUGUCAAUGAGUCGGGGACCAUGUCUGGGGUCAUCAUUGAGGUGCUAAACGGGCAGAACAAGCUCUUCAUUGGGACGCCCAUUGAUGGCAAGUCGGAGUACUUCCCCACGCUCUCCAGCCGCAAGCUGAUGGCCAAUGAGGAGAAUGCGGAGAUGUUUGGUUUUGUCUACCAGGAUGAGUUUGUCUCGUCCCAGCUUAAGAUCCCCUCGGACACGCUCUCCAAGUUCCCCACCUUUGACAUCUACUACAUCUACAGCUUCAGCAGUGAGCAGUUUGUGUACUACCUGACCUUGCAGCUGGACACCCAGCUCACCUCACCCGACUCCACUGGUGAGCAGUUUUUCACCUCCAAGAUCGUCCGCCUCUGCGUGGAUGACCCCAAGUUCUAUUCCUACGUGGAGUUCCCCAUCGGCUGUGUGCAGGAUGGCAUUGAGUACCGCCUGAUCCAGGACGCUUACCUGACCAAGCCCGGCAAGGCUUUGGCCAAGUACCUGGGCAUCUCGGAGCGGGAGGAUAUCCUCUUCACCAUCUUCUCCCAGGGCCAGAAAAACAGAGUUAAGCCUCCCAAGGAGUCUGUGCUCUGCCUCUUCACGUUGAAGAAGAUCAAGGAUAAGAUCAAGGAACGUAUUCAGUCAUGCUACAGAGGGGAAGGGAAACUCUCGCUGCCCUGGCUCUUGAAUAAGGAGCUGGGCUGCAUCAACUCGCCGCUGCAGAUCGAUGACAACUUCUGUGGCCAGGAUUUUAACCAGCCACUUGGUGGAACCGUCACGAUUGAGGGGACCCCACUUUUUGUGGAUAAAGAGGACGGGAUGACCUCGGUGGCUGCCUAUGACUACAGAGGACAAACUGUUGUGUUUGCGGGCACACGGAGUGGGAAGAUCAAAAAGAUCCUGGUGGACUUGCCAGCUGACAGGAAGCACCAAGCGCUGCAGUAUGAGAACGUGGUGGCCCACGAAGGCAGCUCCAUCCUGCGGGACCUGGUGCUGAGCCCUGACCGCCAGCACCUCUACGCCAUGACUGAGAAGCAGGUGACGCGGGUGCCAGUAGAGAGCUGUGAGCAAUACGAGAGCUGCGAGCUGUGCCUGGGCUCCCGGGACCCCCACUGUGGCUGGUGUGUCCUCCACAAUGUAUGCUCACGCAAGGACCGCUGUGAACGGGCAGAUGAGCCCCAGCGUUUUGCCUCCGAGCUGCGGCAGUGCGUGCAGCUCACUGUGCAGCCCAGGAACAUCUCAGUCACCAUGUCCGAGGUCCCGCUGGUCCUGCAGGCCUGGAACGUCCCCGACCUCUCGGCGGGAGUCAACUGCUCCUUUGAAGACUUCACUGAGUCCGAGAGCCGCAUUGAAGAUGGGAAGAUCUACUGCAGCUCUCCCUCUGCCAGGGACGUCAUUCCCAUCACCAGGGGCCGUGGAGAUAAACGGGUGGUGAAACUCUACCUGAAAUCUAAGGAGACCGGGAAGAAAUUUGCCUCUGUGGAUUUUGUUUUCUAUAACUGCAGCGUCCAUCAAUCCUGCCUGUCCUGUGUGAACGGCUCCUUCCCCUGCCACUGGUGCAAGUACCGCCACAUCUGCACCCACAACGCCGCCGACUGCUCCUUCCUGGAGGGACGCGUCAAGCUCUCCGAGGACUGCCCACAGAUCCUGCCCUCCACCCAGAUCUACAUCCCAGUGGGUGUGGUGAAGCCCAUCACCCUGACCGCCAAGAAUCUGCCGCAGCCACAGUCUGGCCAGCGCAAUUAUGAGUGCAUCUUCCACAUCCCUGGCAGCACCACACGUGUCACAGCUCUGCGCUUCAACAGCACCAGCAUCCAGUGUCAGAACACCUCGUACUUCUACGAAGGGAACGACAUCAGCGAUCUGCCGGUCAACUUAUCCGUGGUCUGGAAUGGAAACUUUGUCAUCGACAACCCCCAGAACAUCCAGGCCCACCUGUACAAGUGCUCAGCCCUGCGGGAGAGCUGUGGGCUGUGCCUGAAGGCCGACCCACGCUUCGAGUGUGGCUGGUGCGUGUCGGAGAAGCGCUGCACUCUGCGGCAGCACUGCCUGGCCUACGAGAGCAGCUGGAUGCACGCCAGCAGUGGUAACAGCCGCUGCACCGACCCCAAGAUCACCAAGCUGUCACCUGAGACCGGCCCUAGGCAAGGAGGGACACGUCUGACCAUCACGGGGGAGAACCUGGGCCUCAAGUUUGAAGACGUGCGCUGGGGUGUUCGAGUGGGCAAAGUGAUGUGCAUCCCCAUCGAGAGCGAGUACAUCAGCGCUGAGCAGAUCGUGUGUGAAAUUGGAGACGCCAGCCCAAGCAAGGUCCAUGAUGCACGGGUUGAAGUGUGCAUCCGGGACUGCUCCCCCAACUACCGGGCCACCUCCCCCAAGAGCUUCACCUUCGUGACGCCCACUUUCUCCCGAGUGACUCCUGCCCGCGGCCCUCUCUCUGGUGGCACCUGGAUUGCCAUUGAAGGAAGCCAUCUGAAUGCUGGCAGCAACGUCACCGUCACCAUCGGGGGACGGCCCUGUGCCUUUUCAGGGAGAAGUGCCCGUGAGAUCCGCUGCAGGACCCCCCCUGCCACGCUCCUGGUGGGUCCCCCCAUCCUCAUCAACAUCAACCGGGCAGAGCUGAGCAACCCGGAGGUGAAGUACAACUACACAGAGGACCCUACCAUCCAAAAGAUUGAUCCUGAGUGGAGCAUCAACAGUGGUGGGACACUGUUGACUGUGACUGGCACCAACCUGGCCACCAUCAAAGAGCCCAAGAUCCGAGCCAAGUACUGCAGCUCUGAAAGGGAGAAUAACUGCACCGUGUACAAUGACACCACCAUGGUGUGCUAUGCACCCUCCAUUGAUAACCCCGAGCGGAGCCCUCCUGAGGUCGGUGACCGGCCAGACGAGAUUGGGUUCAUCAUGGAUAACGUCCAGGCUUUGCUGAUCAUCAACACCACCAACUUUGUAUACUACCCAGACCCCGUCUUUGAGCCCCUCAGCCCCACGGGGAUGCUGGAGCUGAAGCCCAGCUCUCCCCUCAUCCUAAAGGGCAGGAACCUGCUCCCGCCAGCUGCAGGGAACUCCCGCCUGAACUACACAGUGCUGAUUGGGGACACUCCCUGCACUCUGACCGUGUCUGAGACCCAACUGCUCUGUGAGUCUCCUAACCUCACCGGCCAGCACAAAGUCACGAUUAAGGCUGGAGGGUUUGAGUUCUCCCCGGGCACGCUGCAGAUCUACUCGGAUAGCCUGCUCACCCUGCCUGCCAUUAUUGGGAUCGGCGGCGGUGGCGGCUUGCUGCUGCUUAUCAUCAUCAUCGUCCUCAUCGCCUACAAGCGCAAGUCCCGCGAUGCUGACCGCACGCUGAAACGCCUCCAGCUGCAGAUGGACAACCUGGAGUCCCGGGUGGCCCUGGAGUGCAAAGAGGCCUUUGCUGAGCUGCAGACGGACAUUAACGAACUGACUAACGACCUGGAUGGGGCCGGCAUCCCUUUCCUGGAUUACCGCACUUACGCCAUGCGGGUUCUGUUCCCCGGGAUAGAAGACCACCCGGUGCUGAAGGAGAUGGAGGUCCAGGCAAACGUGGAGAAGUCCCUGACCCUCUUUGGGCAGCUCCUGAACAAGAAGCACUUCCUGCUGACCUUCAUCCGCACGCUGGAGGCUCAGCGAAGCUUUUCCAUGCGAGACCGUGGCAAUGUGGCCUCUCUCAUCAUGACAGCACUGCAGGGUGAGAUGGAGUAUGCCACGGGUGUUCUGAAGCAGCUUCUCUCCGACCUCAUUGAGAAAAAUCUGGAGAGUAAGAACCAUCCCAAGCUGCUCCUGCGGAGAACAGAGUCAGUCGCAGAGAAGAUGCUGACAAAUUGGUUCACGUUUCUGCUGUACAAGUUUCUGAAGGAAUGUGCUGGGGAGCCACUCUUCAUGCUGUACUGUGCCAUCAAGCAGCAGAUGGAGAAGGGACCCAUUGAUGCCAUCACAGGAGAGGCUCGCUACUCCCUCAGUGAAGACAAGCUUAUCCGGCAGCAGAUUGACUACAAAAUGCUGACCCUCAACUGUGUGAACCCUGAGAAUGAGAAUGCGCCAGAGAUUCCUGUAAAGGUGCUGAACUGUGACACCAUCACACAGGUGAAAGAGAAGCUGCUGGAUGCUGUCUACAAAGGAGUGCCCUAUUCCCAGCGUCCCAAAGCUGGAGACAUGGACCUUGAGUGGCGGCAGGGCAGGAUGGCCCGGAUCAUACUGCAGGAUGAAGAUGUCACCACAAAGAUUGACAAUGACUGGAAGAGGCUAAACACCCUGGCCCACUACCAGGUGACGGAUGGCUCCUCAGUAGCCCUGGUGCCCAAGCAGAACUCAGCGUACAACAUCUCCAACUCCUCAACCUUCACCAAGUCCCUCAGCAGAUAUGAGAGCAUGCUGCGGACAGCCAGCAGCCCCGACAGCCUGCGCUCACGCACCCCCAUGAUCACCCCAGACCUGGAGAGUGGCACCAAGCUUUGGCACCUGGUAAAAAACCACGACCACAUGGACCAGCGGGAGGGCGACCGGGGCAGCAAGAUGGUCUCUGAGAUCUACCUGACCCGCUUGUUAGCCACCAAGGGCACUCUGCAGAAAUUUGUGGAUGAUCUGUUUGAGACUAUCUUCAGCACAGCACAUCGUGGGAGCGCACUGCCCCUCGCCAUCAAAUACAUGUUUGAUUUCCUGGAUGAGCAAGCUGAUAAGCACCAGAUCAACGACUACGAUGUCAGGCACACCUGGAAGAGUAACUGUCUACCUCUGCGUUUUUGGGUGAAUGUGAUUAAGAACCCCCAGUUUGUGUUCGACAUUCACAAGAACAGUAUUACUGAUGCCUGCCUAUCCGUGGUGGCUCAGACAUUCAUGGACUCCUGCUCAACUUCUGAGCACAAAUUAGGAAAAGACUCUCCCUCCAACAAACUACUGUAUGCCAAGGACAUCCCCAACUACAAGAGCUGGGUAGAAAGAUAUUAUGCAGAUAUUGCUAAAAUGCCAGCAAUUAGUGACCAGGACAUGAGCGCCUACCUGGCAGAGCAGUCACGGUUACACCUCAGCCAGUUCAACAGCAUGAGUGCGCUGCACGAGAUCUACUCCUACAUCACCAAGUAUAAGGACGAGAUUUUAGCCGCAUUAGAGAAGGACGAGCAGGCCAGGAGACAGCGGCUGAGGAGUAAGCUGGAGCAGGCAAUUGACACAAUGGCCUUAAGCAGCUGAAGAGGCGGCUCGAUGCCAGCUUCCCGAGCAGCGAUGCGGCGGGAGGAGGCAGGCAGGACACUUCGGGGCUGGGGCUGGACGUGCCCGCGGGUGCCUCCGCACACUUCCCACAAAUGAACAAGGAAAACCUCGCGUGCGAGCGGAAAACAAAAUCCCGACGACAGCAGCAACAUGGAUAAACCCCUCUACGCACACCCCGAUGCAACCGGGACACAGCAGAGACCUUGCAAAGGGGCCAUGCGGGGCGGUGGAGGAGGGAGAGCCGCGUGCCCCAUGGACCCGCUGGGACCCCCCGGGCCAGGCAGAGCCCCUGAGCCCACUGGAAAGGAGGGUUGGGACCGUGGGGCUUUUUAGGACGGCAUUUGGAUGUUGUUACUUUGGUGGAGGGAGGGGGGUGGGCUCCUGUUUGUACUGUACUUGACUUGCUCUCCCCUCCUUGCCUCCCGGCUGUCUGCCCCCUCUCCUCCUCCCUCUGUUUCUUUUUCUGUCUCUUUCCCCCCUUCUCUCUCUCUGGCCUUCUGCCACUAGUGUUAACUGCUAUAUUUGCACAAUUUACACGAGACAAAAUUUUUAAU